AUAAGAUCGGUCCCGUCCUAGUCUGGAGUCUGGGCCUUUCUCUAGGAUUCAUUCGGUAAAGUUUUGCUCAACGCUAAGUCACCCACGUUCUCCGACCUCGAAAUCCAUCCGUUCAUCCCGAAUUUUUUUCCCGCCUUACCAUGGAGGUCGAUCAAGAUGCCGAGAUGCCCUCCUCCUCCUCCAGUUCCAAUCGGGGCGAGAAGAAGAGGUUUGAGGUGAAGAAAUGGAAUGCCGUGGCUCUGUGGGCCUGGGACAUUGUGGUGGACAAUUGCGCCAUUUGUCGGAAUCACAUCAUGGAUCUGUGCAUCGAGUGUCAAGCCAAUCAAGCCUCGGCCUCAAGUGAGGAAUGCACCGUGGCUUGGGGCAUGUGUAAUCAUGCUUUUCAUUUCCAUUGCAUUUCUCGGUGGCUGAAGACCCGUCAGGUGUGUCCUUUGGACAACAGAGAUUGGGAGUUUCAAAAGUAUGGGCACUGACCGAUCUCUAUCCUGCCGUACACCGCGAACUCCUACGCACCCAAGCCCCUCUCACCCCCUACACACGUUGCGUCAAGUCGUCAUUUGUGAAUAAUAUUUGAUCUAUUUCUCAACCGUAUAAAACUCUUUUUGGACCACGCGUAAAAUGAUAAUAAAGAAAUGGACGAAAACAA